CCCGCGCACCACCGCAGCCUGCCGGGUGCCGCCGCCCCCGCUUAUCGCCAUGGUGGACGAGCUGGUGCUGCUGCUGCACGCGCUGCUGAUGCGCCACCGCGCCCUGAGCAUCGAGAACGGCCGCCUCAUGGAGCAGCUGCGGCUGCUGGUGUGCGAGCGGGCCAGCCUGCUGCGCCAGGUACGUCCGCCCAGCUGCCCCGUACCCUUCCCGGAGACGUUCCGCGGCGAGAGCGCGCGCCUGCCCGAGUUCAUCGUGCAGACGUCCUCGUACAUGCUCGUCAACGAGAACCGCUUCUGCAACGACGCCAUGAAGGUGGCCUUCCUCAUCAGCCUGCUGGGCGGCGAGGCCGAGGAAUGGGUCAUCCCCUACAUCGAGACCGACAGCCCCAUCCUCGGCGACUACCGGGCCUUCCUCGACGAGAUGAAGCAGUGCUUCGGCUGGGAUGACGACGAGGACAGCACCGACGAGGAAGACGACUACUAGGCCCCGCGGCCUCGAUUUGGGGCGGGGUGGGGGGGGAGGG